AGAACAAUGCUCGAAGGGAAGUGAUUGAUGUCUUCUGUCCUUGGAGAAGCAAAGCGAAUGGAGAGAGCAAUUGAAAGAUCAGCGUCAUCAGGUGGAAGUGCAAGCGCAAGAGAAGGCACAGCAAAGUCAGUAGUGGCUGAUCAGAUUUCUCAAGCUGUACAAUCGACCUCCAAUCUCCUUCACCUUAUGCAACAAUCCUCUCCUUCCCAGGCCAAACUAAUGAAGCUCCCAAAGAACCUUCUGGCAAAAGCCUCUACAAUCAAGAACACUGGACAAGUUUUAGACCAAAUGCCUAAGGUGAUCUCAUCCCUGGAUGCACAUAUGGAUAGUGGAUUACAAAGUGUUCCUCAUCUGAGAACUGCAAUCCAGUUACUUGCAAACAUGGAGAGCUGCCAGCUUAAUACUCUAUCCCAAGCUCAGUUCUCUCAACAAGUACAAACCCCCUCAUUUUUGUGGCUGAAUCUGAGCCGUCAAGUCAACCUCCGGAGGCAGGUUAAUGGACUAAACUUUCACCGUCAUUCAGAAGCUUAACAGUACUAGUCAUCAGAUCAUGGCUGGCCAGCCUUCAAAGUCCCAAGCUCGGAGAUAGCUAUAAGGUCUUAAUACACGGUGUCCAUGCUUUCAGCCUUGCGGUACAUUAAAUAUGCCCCACUUCGUAGUCUACAGCACAUUACAUGUCAUUAUUAUUAUUCCCAUGUCAACGUCCCCAAGCAUCUGAAGCACGCUUUUGACGCAAAAAAAAUAUUCCAUACCCUAUGUACUUGGAGGAAACCAAGAACAUGUCCGUGUCUUUGAUUUUUCCUAGGGUCGGGGGAACACGUUUUACAUUGAAAGUUGAAAGUUCUAGUGGUCA